AUGACCCUCGUUUGGCUCGGGCAAAAGCCCCCCAACAAAACUCUCAAGGGACACAAGCUUCUGGUCGCUCUGCCGUCAUUCAAGCCCUCCAAGGAAGAGGUCGAUGAGUUGAAGAGUCGCUACCCGGGCCUAGAGGUCCAAAUUGAUAGCGUCAAGGAUGUCACGAAAGAGGAGUGGAAGGAUGUGACCAUGCUCGUGACAGGCUACAACCGAGAAGGGCUGCCCAACAAGGAUGACGUCCCGAACCUCGAAUACGUCCAGCUCUCGUCUGCUGGUGCGAAUCUGGUGGUCUCAGACCCCUUGUACAAGGACACAGACAUCGCUUUCUGCACUGCAAAUGGUGUUCACGGACCACAAAUAUCUGAGUGGAUCAUCGCCACAUUCUUGGGCUUCCAGCAUCAUCUCACCUCCUAUCUGGAUAAACAAAGGGCGGGCAAGUGGGAGAGGAGCACCGAACCGACACUCGAUGCUGUAAAGAAGAGAGUAGGGAUUCUCGGCUACGGAGCCAUCGGUAGGCAAACGGCACGGGUGGCCACAGCCCUAGGGAUGGAGGUCCACGCCUACACCCUCCACGAGCGCAAGACCCCAGAAUCAAAGCGGGAUGAGACGUACGCCCCGGACGGCCUCGGGGACCCGGAGGGCAAAUUCCCAUCAAGGUGGUUCUUCGGCGAGUCCAAGGAGCAGCUGCACGAGUUCCUCGGCUCCGGGCUGGACCUGCUCGUCAUCGCGAUGCCCCUGACGGAGAAGACGACGGGGCUGAUCUCGGCGCCGGAGUUCAAGGUCCUCUCGGAGAGGAAGACCUUCGUGUCCAAUAUCGCCCGUGGCCCCAUCGUCAACACGGAUGAUCUGAUCGAGGCCCUUGAUAAGGAGCUCAUCCGGGGUGCCGCACUGGACGUCACGGAUCCGGAGCCGCUGCCCGAUGGACACCCCCUGUGGAGCACGAAGAACGUUUUCAUCACGCCGCAUAUCAGUGCUGCUUCGGAGAGCUAUUUCGUGCGGGUCUGGGCGAUCGUGAAGCUGAAUUUAGAGCGGCUGAGCCAGGGUAAGGAGCUCACUAACAAGGUCAACCGGAAAGAGGGCUACUGA